UCAUGAUGACUAGGAUCCUAUCAACUUCCAGUUUCUAGAAACUAGCCUGUAGUUUGAAUCAACAUCGUAGGUGUCUGCCGAAGUCGCCAUGGAACAAGAGGAACGGUCGCUCGAUGCUAUGGAGACAUCUAGCAAUACCAUGGAUAACGAUUCUCCAUCCGCUGACCUGGGUCUCUCGAUCGAUACAACCGAAGAAUAUGAGGCAAGCGAAAAGAAAUUCGAUAUUGUAGCAAUCCAUGGCCUCGUUGGCCCGGGAGGCAAGCCAUGGGGCUCAAGUAAGACCAACACCUGGAUUCAGGGCUUGGCGGCGCAGAUGAACUGGGAAGUCCGCAUUAUUCAGUAUGCCUAUGAUGCCACAAAAAUAACAGAGGCUACAUAUCCCGAGGAGGCUAUUUCUUCUGAAGCCUCUACGCUUCUUCAAAAGCUUAGCGAGUUGAGGACAGACCAGCAAACGCCGUUACCAAUAGCGUUCUUUGGUCACGACAUAGGAGGAAUUAUCGCGAAGAAGGCUUUGAUACUAGCCAGUCGAUUUGACAGUGGACAUACUGAUAUUAGCUACUCAACGAAACUUUUGAUGUUCUUCGGCUGUCCACACAGAACCCUGGAUACACGUCAAGACAUCGAGAUUCUUGCUACCAGGCUUGACGUGUUGAAACCAGCAGACUCAACAGCGACUAGCCUGAAUAUGAAAUGUCUCGCGAGAUCAGUCAUUGAUGUAAACAAUUCGUUCUUGAACACAAGAGUCCUAACGCGCGCCAACGUUAUCAAUAUCAUUUCAUCAAAGACAGAUCCUGCUGAAAAGGUCUUUGACAAAUACACGGCAGCACUUGGAGUUCCCAUGGAGAAGGUUUCACUCAUUGACAUGUCUCAUAACGAGCUGAACGAGGAACCCGAAGGGUAUGCUCCGUACGAAGGCUUUCAAACCAAGAGAAUUUCAUCUUUUCCCUGGCAGAACGAUAAGCUAUCUCGUGUUAUGGAAGCCAUAAUGCUCCAGGCACCUCCAAUCUAUCCAUUCAAGUUCAACACAACCCACGGAUUCGGCUGGAUUGCUGAGCACGAUACCAUGAUUAAAUGGCUGAGGUCUUGGGGUCUCGCUCUUCUGCAUAUUCACGGCACCUCCAGCAUUUCUAACGUGGCUCAGCAUGUGUAUGAAGGGAUAGUAGAUCGUGGAGAGAGCACGACCUUCCGAGCCAUUCUCUACUUCAAAUUUGACAAACAUGAUAUCCGCCGGAAUUCCAUCGGGGCCAUGGCAAACUCCUUCUUGCUCCAGAUUCUCAGUCAGAUAAGAGAAUCCCCUAACGAUAAGAUGCCAGACAUAGAACCGCCUGAUUUCUCAGAUUGUUGGACUGAUAAAGAUGCCUUCUUCUUUUUGGAAAAGCUUAUGAGGGAUAUAACAACCCACGGCGAAAUUCACUGGAUCGUUGAUGGGCUCGAUCAGUGUGAUGACAGCAGUGGUUUGUUCUUGUCCAUGGUCUCUGAUAUGACCAAGAAUUCUGAGCAGCAUUUCAAGAUUCUGGUGACGACCGUUGAUGACAGUCAGAUCCGCGAGGCUCUAUCGGAGUUUCCUUCAAUUGAUUUGAGAGAGCACCCGCCGACAGCUGAUGUUAUCGAGAGUGUUGUGCUCGAAUUCAUGACUGAGCUGUGCCACGUGCGACCUCAGUAUCGCCAUGGCGAGGGAAAGAUACGACGAUUGUUGGAUUCUUGCAGUGAUGAUGACUUGCUGCGGCGCCUCCUACUCGAAUGGCUCCUGGUAGCCCCUUGUACAUCAAUCAAGUCUUCGGUAGAGCGGGAUCUCACAUCACUUUCACCCCUUUCGCCGGCUAAGAUAUUCGAAAGAUGCUUGCAGGCGGUGCCGGAAAACUCGCGACCGUGGGCCCGAAAAGUCUUGAUGUGGAUGGUGCUGUCUUUUCGACCGUUGACCCCUGAAGAACUGGGAAGUGCACUCAGCCUCGGUACCUCAAUGGACCCGGUGCCUGAUCAGGAGACAUAUGGAGAUCUCAUGUGGGAUAUUGAAAACUGUCUUGGACCUAUGAUAAUAUUAGAGAAUGGUCACGUUCAAUUUCGUCAUCCAGCUGCUCGGGAGUUCUUGACGACUAGUCAUGACGCUUCCGACAGAAACCAGCCUUGGUACUCUUGGAACUCUUCGGAAGAAGGCCAUCGAGAGAUCACCGACGCUUGUGUUGGAUAUCUCACCUUGUCUUCUACCCAAGACAAGAUCCUAGCAGCUUGCCGAACAUGUCCUGCUGAUCAACGAAUAUUUGAAUACCCAUCGGAUAUCACACCAUAUGCUGUCGAAUUAUGGCCACUUCACUACCAACGAAGUCACGCAUCAGUAUCUCCAAAGCUAGAAUCUUUCAACACCGCAAGUUUCUUCGACGACGAGACCGCACCCCGGCGUUGGGCUGCAGCCAGAUGGUACCUUUCGAGUCCUCAUAUCAGGUCUGACCGAGUUUUCCUGUCACAUUUACCAAUAAUAGCGUCUAUAGGCGACGAGGACUUGGUUAAAGCCUACGUCCAGUCCCAAGAACCUGACGAACGUGAUGUUUCCGAGGCGCUUAUUGAGGCAUCGAGAUACGGAUAUAGCGAUGUUGUCAAGUUACUCCUCCACAAGUCAAGCGCAAAUGCAGAUAUCUGCCUCGAAGCUAUAAUGGCCGCAGGACGGUCGGCAGAAUUGAAAACACUGGGUAUCUUGUUAGCGUAUGCCACUGAAAAUCUACACAUAGCUAAGUGGCCUGGCACGCUUGCUUCGCGACUGGCCUAUCUCGGUUCAUCUGAGCACUUAAAGACCAUCUUACAAGCUGGAGCGGACGCGAACUCGACAGAUCCAGAUUGUUCGCCACCUCUUCACUGCGCCGUCGUCAGAGACGAGCCUGCAAUUCUCGACACCCUCAUAGAGCACGGAGCUGACCCUGCUGUCAUCAACCCCAACUGGGUAGAUACGCCGCCCAUAGUGGUAGCUGGCAAGUAUGGCCGAGCGAAGAUCAUCGACAGGCUAGCCAAAGCAGCACUCGUCGAAGCCCAGGAUCAUGAAGGCAGGAACGCUCUAUGGUAUGCAGGAGGCAGAGGCCAUCACGUGGUGUUUCAAGCCCUCGUCAAAGCUGGAGCGAACACAGAAGUCCUCACAGCCAACGUGAGGGAGCUUCGACCUGCCCUGAUUCCCAUUUCAGGGGCUCCCUAUCCAAAGUGCCUCAAGUCAGUGCUUGAUGCUGGCCUGGAUAUCAAUUCAAAGUUGAGAGAAAUCCACUCAUUCCAUGCAUUGGGCAUAGCGGCACGAUCGGGCCACGUUGAGAUUUGCCGUAUGCUACUUGACCACGGCACGUGUAAAGAGUUUGAUGACGAUUCUGCUCUUAUCCACGCUACAAGAGCGAAUAAUCUUGAGAUAGUGAACAUGCUGCUUGAAGAGGGUCACAAAGUUGAUGUGCAGCUGGACGAUUCCCCAGAUCAUGGCACGCCUCUCGUGGCGGCUGCCAGAGCAGGGUAUAAAGACAUAGUUACAGUUCUCCUACAGAAGGGAGCCAGCGUCAACUACGCUGCUCCCAAAGAAAUCACGCCUUUGAGGUCCGCCGUCAUGGGAGGUCAACCGACAAUAGCCAAGACGUUCAUUGAUGCUGGGGCGGAUAUGAAUGCCGUUAACGACAUAGGACGCUCCGCAAUCCACUCGAGUUACCAUCGCCCAGAUUGCAUGAAGGUUCUUGUCGAUGCCGGAGCCGACAUCAACUUACCGAGUCCAGAUGGCACGCCAUUUUACCUCGCCUCGUUUUUUAACCAGACAAAGGUGGUUGAGUUGCUUCUUGAACACAAACCAGAUCUUGAAACCAGGUGCCCCGAUGGGGGCUUUAUUGACUCGGGCUAUACGCCUCUUCAUUGCGCAGCAUCUUGCGGCUACAAUGAGCUACUCCGGCUGUUGUUGGAAAAGGGUGCUGACAUUGAGGCAAGAACUCCAAAAGGUGGAACACCUCUGAUCCUAGCCGUGGCCACCAACAAUGAAGAGAGUGUCAAGAUCCUGCUAGAGUAUAAGCUAGACAUCGACGCGGUUGACAUAUGGGGAGGGUCUGCAAUCUUCUGUCUUCCUAAUCCUGCAAAUCUAUCUGUCGUCAGACGCUUGAUAAAUCGUGGGGCUAGUCUGACGAUCCGGAACAACGAAAAGUAUACCCCCCUGGGACGAGCCGUCGUGAACGGAGACCUUCCGUUGGUGCAAAUGCUCUCUUCUCAAAAAGUUGACUUGAACGCGGUGGCUUCUGAGGAUGGGACUGCUCUGCACAUCGCAACAGAGAAGUGCAACGUUGACAUCGUCAAAGUGCUCGUCGAGAAGGGUGCUAGCCCCGAUGUUGCCAACUCCUGGAUGUAUGGCUCACCACUACAGAGAUUAUUUGAGAAAUAUUAUACUUCUGCGGAGAAUAAGGAUAUAAUUGCCCGACAUCUAAUCAAUGACGCUGGCGCCGACGUCAAUGUUCGUGGCGGCAAUAUGGGAUCGGUGUUGAACGCAGCGAUCCUGAGUGGUUCUAUAGACAUGAUCAAACUCAUACUCAAGAAAGGUGCUGACAUUGGCUGGCAAGACCUCCACGGGCGACGGCCGAUACAUUACGCAGCCUUGAAAACAGCUGAGCAUUUCAGACUACUGCUCGAGUCGAGUGACGAUGAUGAAGAACGUCUUGGCAUCACUACGAAAACCAAGUCUGGCUUGACAGUGCUACAUUUUGCUGCAGCGACCGGAAGAUCUGAUCUUGUCGAAUUGGUGCUCUCUCAUACCAGCGGGAUGAUAUCUAUCAAUGAGCCUGAUGACGAUGGUUGGACGCCUCUGCUCUGGGCGUGUCGCGUGUGUGAAAGUUGGGGCACGCCCAAGGAAAUCAGUCCCGAAAUCGUGAAACUUCUUCUGGAUCGUGGAGCAGACCCAUCGGUUCGAGGUCGGACCUCUGAUGACAGAGAAUGGUCGCCGCUCAAGAUGGCCAGAUUUCAUGGCGCAUCGCAGGAAGUAAUAGAGUUAUUAACAGCAAGUCCUAGUAAGAAAAAGGAGGACGACUGGAAGUCCAAGUUCCAUGUUUCCAAGAAGGCAGCGCGAACUACAUGGUUCUGCGACUUGUGCCUCUUUCACGUCUAUGGCAUGUUAUACUUCUGUAACGGUUGCGAGCUCUUGUAUGGGUUGUGUUUCAAAUGCUAUCGUUAUAGAGAGGAGGUUCAUCCGUAUCACGAUAAAUGGGAGGAGCGAGGUCCAGAGUUUGUUGACGAUGAUGAAGAGGAGGAGGAGGAGAAGGAUGAGGAAGAGGAUGAUCCGAAGAGUUCGCCGGGAAUUGAGCAGGUGCAGGAUGAUGAUUCAGAGGGAGACUGGUCGAAUGAUGAAGCUGAGGGGGAUGAAAGGGCCAAGGGAGAGAGUAAAUAAACCUGGAUGAACCUUGGUCGGUACAAUCAUGAUCAUUUUUCGCUUAGAACAAGCAUUGUCUCGGAUGCUAUAGCAGCAUUGUUUUCUGAUGAAAGCCCCAAAAAACUGUGAUUAUAAUGGC